UUUCUUACAAACAGUUCGAAUUUGCUUCGAAAGUCGUCAGUGUUACUACAAAACGUAAUCAAUCAAUGUGAGAAAAAAUGGCGAAGGAUGAAAAGCUUGGUAAAUGGGUAGAGGCAAUGACACCACGACAUGCAAUUGAAAACUUCUUUGAUCAUGCAACAUUAGUUGAUUCGCCCGAUCCUGAAGAGCUGUACAAGUCUUCCCUGAGUUCCGGUCUCAUAAAAAUUCCAGAAUCAACACCUUUGGCUAAAAGCCCCCAAAGCAGCCAGAGAAGUGGUUGGAAAAGAAAGUCUGACCAUGAAGAGCAAUAUGAUGGAAAUGGUUCUAAAAGAAAUAAUGUUGAAGAGAUCGAUAUGUCUUCAAGUGAUUCUGUUUCGGACACACUAGUAUUUCCCUCCAAUCUAGAAAGUCCUCAUCUGGUUAUUCCACAAAAAACCGAAUUAAAAAUCAAGAAAAGGAUGUCAGUUAGUGCAUUCACAAAAGCAAUACAUAGUCAAGAGCCACAAGAGAGCAGUGUUACUAUGAAUGAAUCCAGUAUUGCUUCCACAUUAGGAAGCCCAGAUGAGGCACUUUCUCGCCGCCCAAGGAGAUUAAAGAAUAAUACAUCUGUAUCUGAUUUUGCAGAAACUCUAGGAAAGAAAGUUGAGAAAAAAAUUAUUAAAGAUGAUUCGUCAAACAUGGAAAAUACUAGCGUAUUGUCCCAUCUAGACAGCCUUGAGCAUAUCAGCUAUGAAAAGCGCGGAACUGGCGUAGAAAAGAAACGGGCCUCUUCUACUGGCUUCAAAAGCAUUUUGAAUAAACGUUCCUUUCAAAUUGGUGAACUCUCGGAAGAUGAAUCAACGGAUCAUUCAACUACACCAUCGGCAAUGCUUACGGAACAGUAUGCACAUUCGAAAAACUCACGAUUGUCCCCGGCCUUUGAAUCGAUGCUUUCUAUCCCCGUAGAAGCCCACUCGCAGAUAGAGAAAACGUCCUCUAAAAUUGGGUCUGAUGCCCCUUCAUCUAACAACAGUGAUUCUGAAUUGUAUGAAGGCAUGCCAGACUUGGAAUCUCCAGAUGAUUUCUCAUCUCCUGGUUCAACUAUCCAGGUCAUUAACAGAAAUUCGUCAGGGCUGCCCGAAGUUUCAAAACAUUUACAGAAUUCAAUAAGAGAAAAAAACGAAACAAUCCCACCCGAUCCGUUUGUUUCGCAAAAUGGAAAAAAUUUGGCGUCAGCCAGCGUUAGCAAUUCAACUUAUGAUGUCCCUUCAGUGUUGGGCAGUCCACAGGAAUAUCAAGAAUAUUACCGACCCGGACAUAUGCCCUCGAAGAAAAAAGUUUCUGUUACUGGAUUCUUGGCCACCCUCAGCCAGACUGUUGAUCUCCAGUCGCGAAAGUCUUCAAAUAGAUCGUCUACAUCGAAGACUUCCAAACGGACAUCAAUAGAAGCAACCGGCGAACUUCUGCGUCAAAACACACCUUCGCCUAUGCCCGAGCAAUUAAGAAGGGUUACACGUAGCUCUAGCCAAGCCUUCGAUAAAACGAUUAUUUCUCCAAAAACAACCCCCAGGAAAACCCCUACUCUAGAAUCGAAACAUAGUGGCUCAGACGAAUCUGCGCGUCAGUUCGUGAACAAAAGUUCUACCGAUUUAGUCAUGCAAACUGAUGAAAUGCCGCAAAAUCCAAGUCAGAUUCCCUCGGUUGAAGAUGAUUUUUCAUCCUCUCGUUCAACGAUCCAAGUCACCAACAGAAAAUCGUCAGAGUUGCUAGGUAUUGCAAAGCACUCUCUGAUUUCAACAAAAGAAAAACACGAAACCAUCGAGUCCGGUCCAUUUGUUUCGCAAAAUGUAGAAAGUUUGGCCGCAGACAGCGUUAGCAAUUCAACUUCUGAUGUCCCUUCAGUAUUGGGAAGUCCACAGGAAUAUCAAGAGUAUUACCGACCUGGGCAUAUGCAAAGAACAAGAUCCCAGAAAAAAGUUUCUGUUACUGGGUUCCUGGCUACACUCAGCCAGACUGUUCAGUCGCAAAAAUCCCCUAAUAGAUCGUCGACGUCGAAGGCUUCCAUACGGACAUCAAUAGGAAAUGUCUCAGAAGAAACUGGUGAACUUCUGCGUCAGAACACCCCUUCGCCUCUGCCCGAGCAACUAAGAAGGGUUACACGUAGCUCUAGCCAAGCCAUCGAUAAAACGUUUGUUUCUCCAAAAACAAACCCCAGGAAAUCCCCUACCCUAAAAUUGAAACACAGUGAAUCCGAUGAAUCUGCGCAUCAGUUGGUGAACAGAAGUCUUACGGCAUUAGUCACGGAAAUGGAUGUCAUUCCACAAAAUUCAAGACAAAUGUCUAAGAGAUCAUCGAUGGCAGAUUAUAGGAUAAUCGAACAUACAGAAGCAGAAGGAAGCCAUUCGGACAAAGCAGUUGGUAUCCCGUUGAACGUAACUCCAUCGAAACUUACCCAUGAAAAGCGCGAAGCAUCGCGCAGUUCUAGCCGAAUCACCAACAGAUCAUCGGUAACAUCAAAACCUAACCCGAAGAGUAUCCUACAUCCAGAACUGGAUGGCCAAGUAACAAAGGAUUCUGAAGACAUCUUGCCAAUGCAGAUGAAAACAUCAUUGUCCGUGACGGAGAUUGCCUCGCCUAUUUUGGCACCAAUCGAAGCUAGAGCCUCUUCUGUUUUGUUAUCUCCCAAAAGACAAAUACGAAAAUCUCUUAAUUUUAGUACUCCAAUUAUUAAAGACAGUUCCGCAGCAACCACGCCGGCUACAGAAGAUGGUCUACCUCCCAUCGACGAAGUGGAGAUUGAAGAAACCCCUCCGACUGAUGUUGAUUCAAUGGAAGAAGACAAGGUUUUCGAAGAUGACCCUGCUAUUGAGGGAAUAGAAAAGCAAGCUGAAGCAGAAGACGACCAUUUGUCCCCGAAAACAGCGACGCGUUCUUCCCAUGAACUUAAUCAGUUCACUCGUAAGUCCAGCAGCAUGCAAAUGACUUCGGCUAAUCGAUACCCGGCCUUGAAGAAUUCCACUAUAGUAGCAGGAGGGAGUGCGUUUGCUGGAGUUACACUUAGCAUGUCGCCUAUUGUACCAGAUAAACAAGGUGCCCCUUUGCGUGUACCCUCUUCUCCAAAACUUACCACACCAGAGUCGCCUAAAACAGUGGCACAGUUUAGUGAAACUAAAGAGAAAUCAACUCCACCAAAGAAUCUUCAUAGAACCCCAUCGCAUCCGUCAACUCCUGCCCCUUUUGGUAGAAAACGAACACGCUCCCUGACACAGAGUCCAAUGUUUAUGAAUGUCAUGAAGUCGACCGUGCAAAAGGCCGUCAGCAAGACCGUUAAAGAUCAACAGCAAUCGGUUCCUAUUGUUGCGUCUCCAGGCAAAAAUGCCACUACUCCCAAACAAGUCCCAUCCGUCAAGGGACUGAGCCUUUCGAAUACCAAAAAAGGGAAAUCUAUAGCUUUGUCGGCGUUUGAUGAAAUGCAGGAUUCUUCAGAUACAGAAUGGGAAGACAUGGAAGACAAUCUAAAGCCCAAACCAGCCUGCAUCAAAAUUGCUUUCGAGGAGAUACCAGAUAGAUCCAAGGAUUUCGUACCAUUUGAAGAACGACUGAUGGCAGAUCCAAUCUUUCAAGCAAAGAUGAGUCUACAACAGGCGAAAUUGGCCUCUCAAAAAGCGGCUGAGGAGGCAGCAGCAGCAGCAAAAAAAGCGACCACAAAGAGAAAACCACGUAUUAUCAAAAAGAAAGAAGAAGAUAACAUAGCGAGUGUGGCAACCAACAAAGGCAACUUCCGCUUCUAUGCACGUACUAAGGUGACUAAGGAUGCCUUGGAAGUUGUCCACGGAUUGGUUGGUGAAUGGUUCGACUUCACACUUCGUCAAGUAGAAAAGUAUUGCAUUGAUGAAGGUAAAGCAUCCUUGGACACUUGGGAAGACUGCUACAAGGUUCUAAAAAGGCAAGGCCUGGUUAGUGAUUAUGUAGAAUACUCUGGUCUGUGCCAUGACUUACUUUUGAACGAUGAAUGCGACCAACUUCUCCCUACCCGCCCCCCACCUGAAUAUGCCGAAUGGAGACGCGAAGCACAAAAACGAGAAAAAUGAGUUGGUCACUGGUUUUUUUUUUAUAUUCAUCUUUCAUCCAAACCGUUUUGUUUUCUUUGUUACUAUUCCUUAACGAUCAGGAAAACAGUUUGCCGUUUGGUAUAUAGAUCCGUUCGUAUUUUUAAGCUACAUUCAUCGUUCAGGUAUUUCUUUUCCAAAAUUCAAGUCUAAUUUUGAUAGAGAGCUCUAGGUGAGGGAGCUUUCUUGUUCCGAGCGUUUAUUUUAUUACUAUUAUUUUUUUUUAGCUGAACACAGAAAUACAAAAUUAGGAAACGA